CUUUAUUUUACUCUCCUCCUAUUUUUAGCGUUCAUGGACUCAAACAUAUUGAAAACAAAUUCUUCUUAUUUCUACCAUCUGGGAAAAUUUCUGGAGCCAGCGGUUGGGAACAAUUCUUACUGGCUACUGUGCUGGCGGGCUACAUUGCACGGCUGGGAUGUCCGUACACAGUUUCACAAACGCUGCGAUGGAAAAAGAGACACAGUUACCAUAAUAAAAAAUGGUAAAUACGUUUUUGGAGGUUACACGGACAUUCCUUGGGGUAAGAAUAUUGCUUGCUCAGUUCAAAAGCAAAUAGUAAUAAAACGUAAAGUUGAGCCAGGCCAGUCUUCUUAACUGUUUUUGCUGUUGUAAGAACUAGGGAGGCUGAUUGUUACGUAUUAACCAUUCUGUAAAAUUGCGGAUAUGUUGAAUAUCUAUCCUCCCGGUUCCUGGCGAGAAAAUACAUGGACCAUAGUAUUGUUUCAAAGGUUAGCUAAGUUUUCUACACAGGCCACCAAACUGUGACUCCCACGGGCAUUUUUGUCUGGUUUUUGGCAAAAUAGGUAUUCUUACUAACUCGAGUACGCUGAUUUCGAAAAUUACUGUUGCCAAGCUCAAGCUUGUGUUAAGGUGGAGUUUUAGGGCAUUUCCUUAUGACUUCACUGUGCAAAUAAGGAGUUUUGUUUCCUUUCCCAAUUUUAAAUUUAAUAGAUCCAGAAAUGGUUUCUAAGUGUUCUACGUAUAUUUUAAAGACCAUUUAGAGAAUUUAUAUAACGCUGUUUCUGCGAAUUCGAGGCGUCACAUGACAAUUGACCACGCCCUUUGAUAUAAAAUUCACACAAUUAUGGCUUAAUAUGUAAUACUUAUCGUGAUAAUUUCAUUAAGAUAAUUAAAUUUCAUAGAUCCAGAAAUUGUUUCAAAGAGUUCUACGUAUAUUUUAAAGACCAUUUAGAGAAUUUAUAAAACGCUGUUUCUGCGAAUUUCGAGGCGUCACAUGACACACCCCUUAAUAUAAAAUUUACACAGUUAUGGCUAAAGAUGUGGUAUUUAUCGUGACAAUUUUUUUAAGAUAAUUAAAAAGUAUAUUAAAAUAAGCCAUUCUUUGAUUGCUCUAGCUCUUGGCAAUUAUUGCAAAACCUUCACAUUCCUGCAAUUUUCCUGUCACUAAAUAAGUUACAAGACCAAGGCAACUUCGAAAUUUGAGUAAGUUCAAAUAGUUUAGGAUAGGCAGACUGCUUAAUAAAAUGUAGGUGCAUGGAGACACCUAAAAAGAAUAGGAGCUGCAGCGAUUCUCUCAGUACAGACACUGAGGAGUGGCUUUCCACAAGGACCGACGAGAGAUGUGGAAAGUUGCUAGAAGCGCAAAGGCACGGAACAGUGUUUGUGAUGAACAAAAUAAAGAGACAAUAAAAAGAGAAAGCGUAAGAGAUGUAACCACUCCUAGGGCUUUCCACAAGUUGCUCGGCAACUUUUUGGCAACCUCUCGUACGUCGAGCAACUUCUCGAGUUAUCUUCUAAUUCUGAGACAUCGGAGCAGCUCUAAGUGCUUCAAAUUGCCCUUAAACCACUCAUGAAACUAUUUCAGAGUCAUCCUGUCUACGAUGGCACAGAAAUUUGUUAUCGUGACUUCAUACAAAAAGUGAAAAUUGAGCUUUUGAAGGAACAGGUAUUAAAUAAUCCCCCCCAAACGCAGAAAAAAAAGUAUUUGUUUUGACAACGAGGCGGCUUCCAUUUCAUUAAAAGGGCAAGUAGCACGAAGUAGUAGGAGAAGUGUCGCACCUGUACAAUGGAGUCUAUUCUGUACUUUGCCAAAAAUCAAAACCCCGAGAGGUGCUCAAAUCAUUUACAUUAUUCAAUGUGAGCAAUUCAUUUCCAGGAAUUGAAUCAUCUUAUCUGGAUAUAACCUGAAUUUCAGACGAUUACUUCGAGUCGUUUUUACUUGCUCAGUAACGUCUAAAACGACUGGCCGUUAAUACCGUCCAGGGAGGUCACUACUCCUUUGCCUUAAUUCAUGCAAAAAGUAAAACACGAUUUUCAACUGGCAAACAAAGAAAUAUCGUCUGGAAAUGUCUACAUGAUACAGAAGUGCUUUACUCUUUUUGAUCGUAAUUCAUGUUUAACAUUUUAACUGUCAACUGCAUGCAGUACUCUGAAUGAAUCUGUUGUAAGUUUAAUUCAAUUCUCAAACUCGAUCGCAAUCACGCAAUUAAAAAACAAGCUUAUUAAAAUACACACACGGAACACUUCAAAAACACAACGAUUUGCUUUAAUUGAAAAGAAGCUAUUUGGUCCUUAACGAAGAAGAAAGAAAACAAGAAAGAAAAGUUAAACAGAAUCAUUACACUUGACGGUAGAAAUUACAAGACUUAAAUCCCAGAAAUUUUCGCUUUCGAAUUUUUUUGAACUCCACCCAAACAUGCCAGGCAUCCGACCCGGCAAUCCCGCUAAAAUUUCUCAUAACUAUACAUAAUUCUGCGAAUGUUUGGACAAGAAUCAACCAAUCAAACACUACCCGGUUUUCGGGUAGUGACGUUACACUGGACGGGAUUAGCGGCCGGUCGAUUCAGACGUUGCUAAAAGAGUAAAAAAGGACUCGAAGUAAUCGUCUGAAAUUCAGGCUAAUCUGGAUAAUGCAAUAAAAUUCCGCCUAGCUCAGGUCAGCGAUCUCAUUGCUGCAAAAGGGCCGGGAAGGUACAAAAAGUGUCUAAGCGCUUAGUACCAGACUGGCAAAAAGAAAGAGGAAUCUCAAUAGGCAGUUGUCGUUAUGAUUUUAUCUGCUUUGAGCUCGGCCACUAUACUGCAGUGCGUAACCAAAUACUCCAGCUAUCUGACGUAUGGCCAGGAUAUAAUAAGCUAGCCCAAAAAACCAAUACAAACAUACCGCAGUCAUCUAUCAACAGGAAAGCAUCAUGAGAAAAGUUGGAGACUUGUUCGAAUUCUUAAGCACUGAUACGGGGGAUUACAUCAUACAAGUUAUGAUGUACGCUCCUAGUUACUCAACGCUGUUAGUAGAUCUACUGCACAAGGAGGGCCAUAUACAGCUACAACAGCCAAAUCCUCAAUUUGGACCCCUCACUGGCACAAGGUACAGUCUGUUCUUGAAAGAGAUAAAUGGCACCGUUGUCCUAACUGGUUCUAAACCCGGACAACUUCCUGAUGCAGUUCACUGCUAAUAACAUUGACAUCAACCAUUCGUUACUAGGUGGAAAGGACACUUUCCACGCAACACAGGUACCUAGUUGGCAAAGAGGCCCAAAUAAAACAAAGCAUUUAGCAAGCUUGAGGCCCAAAGUGAAUUGUGAAAUUACUAGGAUUCAACAUUGCACAAGAAAAACAAAAAGUUGUAUCUGUAUUCCUAAGUACAUUACCAAAAAAUAAUGGCUGUCUUUACACUAGGCUGUUAAGUAAGACUUAAGAGCUGCUAAGUUUUACUUAACCAAAAAUUCGUGUGUGAAGGCCUAAGUAAAAUCUCAAGUAACUUUACUUUGCAUCUCAUUAAAGUCGGAAAGUUGAAACGAUUCAAGAAAGUUUCAAGCGACUUGAAAAGCAUCCUUAAAACCGACUUAGCUGACUUGCGGUUACUCGCGCUUUCUUGGGGUGCUUACCAUUUGAAAGAAGAAUCUGGCUGGGGUGUCGAAAGCAUAAUGGUAAGCGAUUUACCAGUUUACCGUAGAGUUGCCACAUCCGUUACGGUUUGAAUCCGGAGGGGGGGGCGAAUGCGUCUGGAACCGAGAAAUUGGUAGAUGGUAAGCAACAUUCCGUUUGGUUUGUACCAACUGGAAUGAACGGACUACCUCAAAACGUACUCCUCAAUUUUUGGUUGGAAUUUCCGAAAAGUGACCUUACCAUUUACCAUCCAUCCGGAAUUUCCGAAAUUCUCUGUCAAAUGGUAAGCACCUUUGAGGUUUGAGAAAGGCGAAACACGUCAAUCAAUCGUAAUUAUGUUGCGUGGGAAAAUAGCCUUAAGUUAACCUGAAGUAAAAAAGAAUCGGUUGUGUGUGAAGCUUUAUUUUACUUGAAGUAAUUAAAAUUUGCUGCUCUUGAAAUAUUUCUUAGCUUAUUUAGGCUCUAGUGUAAAGACUACCAAUGUGAUAAAUAUACAAGUGAUAAGGUGAUUUUUCUAUAAGAGGGCGUGGUCAAGUGUCACGUGAUGGCUGUAUGUUAAUAUAAGCAGCGUAAAAACAGUCAGAAAUUCUUAGAAUAUAAUUUUUAAAACACUAAUAACGGUUUAAAAGAAUUUCUGUCUCUUUUAAAUUUGGAAUUGUUAAAGGAGAGAAAACCCCUCAUUUGGACAAUGACGUCAUAGUGAAAAUCCCCAAACUCCACCUUAGCACAAGAACUGAGUUUGACAACAAUGAUUUUCAAAAUCAGCGUACUCAAGCUAGUAAAAAUACCUAUGUUGCCAAAAUCAGACAUAAAUGCCUGUGGGUGUCACAUUUUGGUUUCCUGUGUACCCGACCAGACUAUACCCGCGCAAAAAAGUGAAAACUACCGUAUUAUAAUAACUCACAGCAAUUUUUGCGGUAAAAUCCUUUAUAAUUACCUGACGGCAUACCCGUCGAAUGGAGUAUAUUAGAUACGUCGUCUUUACCCGCGGCGUUCUUCACCAUCAGUAGGCCAUGUCUGAUUACAGGGUUAUUAAUUCUUUCAUUUAAGUCCAAUUCUUAUUUCCUCAGUGGCACUUACCAAGGUAACAUGUAGAUUUAGCGAGGGCCAAAAACGAAGCUCUCAUUUGAUCUUUUAAGUAAUGCCUUUGAAGAAAGCUGUAAACCUGAGGCUUCGAUACGGACAGUUGUUAGCGGAUACCCUAUUUUGACAAGUGGAUGUCUCAUAUCAAGUUAAUCACAAAUCGAAUAUACCUUAGAUUAACGCUUAUAAUAAGUGAGUGUGACAUACAUGCGCUAAUAUGAAAGGGCGGACGUAAGGACGGAAGAUUGUGUCACAAUUAAAAUUUCUUGAAUGCAUAGAUAACCAAAUUUUAUUAUCCAUAGUGCCCGGCUGCUUGUGUUUCGCGAGCACGAGAGCCCCGCCGUUAUACCUAAUGUUUACCUACAAUCCUUGUCACAUUACGUUGGGACACCCCGUGCUGUACCCAUUUCCUGACAAAAAAAAUGUGCUCCUUCCCUCCCAGUGUUGUUGUUGUUUUUUUUUGCUCCUGUCAUUCCAACUCGCAAAAUCCAACAUUAAGGGAGUAGAAAAUACCACUACUGUCCCAGCUAUUGUGACAAGUGCCGUAGGUAUGUCAAUUCUUGUACCUUGGUAAAACGAUCAAGUCAAACAAGUCGACAUCACGUGUUCUUAUUUACAUUGGAUUAUUACGGGAUGAAAAGAAAUGCUUUAUUAUUUUGUUUUUAUUUCAUUUAUUUAUUUCUGCCGCUAAAAUUUAUAACUUCGAGGAAUCCAUCUCCAUUGGUUAUUGUGUCUUGUUACAUAUUUUGCUUUUGUUGUUUUCACUUUGAGUUUUUUCGAUCAAGUCAGUGUGUGUGAAGUUUCAGGUGGGGUACCCCCGUAAAUUUCGGAUAGAUGUUUGUCUCCGAGGGCCUGAAGUACUGACCCUACUUGAGGAUGAGAGAAACGAAAACUGAUAACUUAUUUAAGGGCGUGUUUCCGUAAAACCGACCAGUGAUUUCGGAUCAAAAAAUUAAUUUUUCUUGUAUUCUAGGAUAUUUAAAGUCUUUACCUAAUUAGUUACAAAAAUGCAUUUUGUUUGACCGGAAAUGCGAAAUAAAUUUUUACGAAUUUUUGAAUUUUCGGCCGCGCUAUAGCCUUUGAAACUGCAAAACUUGCCUACAUUGCCGGCGCUACAGAAAACAAACAACUCGUUCAAGAAGCCCGAUUUUCUUUUUAAUAUACGGAUACACCUCCCGAAUUAUUUAUUCAUUUUAACGGCAAGAAUCUUUUUCCUUGCACGUGUUAUCAGUCUGCCAUCAAAACCAAAAAUAGCGCAACUUUGAGGGUAGUUUAAAAAAGUGUGGCACCUGUCUGAACGUUGCUAUAUGUAUUAAUACAAACUAGAAAUGAUAGUAAAACGUAAAAAGGAAUAAAAUUUUUCUGCUUUUCACGUUUUCGAAUAUGAGCACCGUUUGAAUUUCCAGAAAUUUCGAAGACAAGAUAAUCAACGAACACUUGCCUUGUUAUUCUCCUCUUUUAACUUCGCUGUUUGUAAUGUCCUUCUUGGUUUGUAGAGCCCGGAUACUAUUGUGCCUUAAGCAAUCGCUUUUACUAAAAUAUUGGUUUUCUUAUCAUUUGUCCUCUAAGGGAAUUUUUUGCCCUAUUUGUGAUAAAAGUAAUGGUACUCGUUGCUGGUCGCGAGCGUAACACGGUUGUUUCGUGACAUUCAAAUUAUUUCCGCUAUUUGUUAGAGGUAAUUGCCUUUGAAUCGCCAUACAUCGAUUAAUUUACUUCUUCAGUUUAACGUAGAUGCAUUGAAAAAAUUGGCUCAACACAUUUUACCAGGAUAUGAUUUAUAUCGUGUCGACAGACAGGACAAGAAAGGUGGUGGCGUUUGUGUUUAUAUUCUACAGAGUUACAAGACUGAAGUUCUUUGGGAUAUUUCUGGUAUAUCGGUUGCUGGUUUCCACCAGCUAUGGAUUAAGGUCCAAGUACGCAACCUUCGCUCUCUAGUUAUCUGUACUGCUUACAGGCCGCCUGAUGUACCAGUGAGAUGCUUUGAUACUGAUUUGACUCCUAGCUUUAUUGCUGCUUCUUUACACAACAAAACAAUAUACAUUUUAGGGGAUUUAAACUGUAACCUUUUAAAUCUUGAAAACCCUGACUCCAGAGCUCUACUUGAUUUUUGUCGCUUGUAUAAUCUAUCUCAGAUGGUUAAAACACCAACUCGAGUGACUCCUUCCACUGAAACACUUAUAGAUGUUAUUUUGUCCUCAAACGAGCAACAAGUCCGGGAAACAAUCGUGAAACCGUGCUCAAUAAGCGAUCACGAUAUUGUUUGCGCUACACUCCGCUUGAAAAAUCAACGUCAAAAGCCAACUUAUAUUACAACAAGGUGCUUCAAACAUUACCGGCCCGAUCAAUUUCUUGUUGACGUUUCGCAAGUACCCUGGUCCGUUUUGGACGUUUUUGAUGAUCCUGAAGAUAAAUUGAACGCGUUUAACCUAUUAUUCAACAAUGUAUUAGACGAACAUGCACCCAUCAAAACAGUCAAAAUUCGUGGACGUCCCAACCCUUUUGUAACAUGCGAAAUUCGGGACCUUAUGAGACUUAGAGAUCAUUGGAAGAAGGUAGCCCAAAAAAACAAAGAUCCACAUGCUUGGUCUGAAUACAAAAACCUUUGUCGCGAAGUCAAACAUGAAAUAAGGACGGCUGAGAAAAUAUUCAUCGCGGAGCAAGUUGUAAACAACAAAAACAACUCUAAUUGCCUCUGGAGAGCAAUCCGCUUGUGCAUACCCAAGAAGUCCGCUUCUCAAAGGAAUUAUUCCAAAGAUGACAAAAUUGUUGCUGAUGAAUUUAAUAAUUUCUUUUCCUCUGUAGGAAAGAGUACCAUCAAUAGAAUUACUAAAUUGGCAGAGGAAUCGAAUUAUACUCUUAAUCAAUGUUCAUUUAUUCCGAGAAUCUACCCAUUGUCAGAGCAGUUCACCUUCAACGCAGUGAAGUGCGAACAGGUACAAAAAAUUGUCACAUCAAUGGCCAGUGGUAAGGCCCCUGGGAUUGAUAAAAUCCCAAUCCAUGUGAUCAAAGAUUGUUUGCCUGCUAUCUUGCCAUCGUUAACGUCUAUUAUUAAUGCUACCUUUGAGUUUGACACCUUCCCUUUGGCCUGGAAAACAGCUGAAGUGACACCGAUACUCAAGGCUGGAGACCACGAUAUUCCAAACAAUAAUAGACCGAUUUCAUUACUCCCUGUCCUUUCUAAAGUCUGUGAACGUGUCGCUCACAAUCAACUUACGUCAUAUCUACUUUCGAGAGGCCGUUUAUCAUCCAAACAAAGCGGAAAUAAACAGUGGCAUUCAACGGAAACAUCUGUCAUUCAAACAACUGACGAAAUCCUAAAUGCCAUUGACAAAAAGAAACUGACUGCAGUUGUCCUCCUUGAUCUAAGCAAAGCUUUCGACAGUAUUGACCAUCAAAUACUCCUCGCUAAGUUACAGGACAUUGGUGCGUCCAGACCUGCGAUAAAAUGGCUCGGAAGCUAUUUAACCUCGCGAUACCAAUUUGUGCGAAUAAAUACAACUCUGUCGACCAAACUACCUGUUAGUUCUGGCGUUCCACAAGGGAGCAUCCUUGGCCCAUUACUCUUUAACAUCUACGUUAAUGAUCUCCCUUCUGUGCCAGAAAAUUGUACAUCGCAGUGUUACGUCGACGAUACCAAACUUCUCAUGUCAUUUCAACUCCGCGAUCAGCACGAAACGAUAGAAAAAAUGAACAAGGACUUGUUAAGCAUUAGGAAUUGGUGCUUUGAUAAUCAGCUUUUACUCAACCCAGAUAAAACAAAACUAGUGAUAUUCGGCAGCCGGCAAAUGACUGCUAAGGUUAGCGACUUUAGGCUAUUUCUAUUGGGGAAGGAACUCGAGCCCGUUAAGGCUGCAAGAGACCUUGGUGUCACACUGGACUCUAACUUAACAUAUAAUGAGCAUAUUGUUUCUACUGUAUCCUCAUGCAUGUCACGUUUGGGUCAAAUUAACCGCGUUAAGCAUAUUUUUAAUAAACACGCGCUAAUUAUUAUUAUAAAUGCCUUAGUUUUUAGUAAAUUAUUCUAUUGCUCUUCUGUUUGGAGCAAUACUACUCAAACUAAUCUGGACAAGCUCCAAGCAGUACAGAAUUUCGCUUGUCGUAUUUUGAGCGGCGCUAAAAAAUUCGAUCACAUAACUCCUUUGCUAAAAGACUUGCGCUGGCUACCAAUCAGGCAACAACUUUAUUUUCGUUUUGCUGUUCUGGUUUUUAAGUGCAUGACGAGUUGUGCUCCGGAGUAUUUGACAUCAAAGCUCGUUGGAAGAUCCGCCGUCUCGACAAGGAAUACGAGAAAUUCUCAACUUUUGAACAUACCACUCUUCCGCACUGCCAGCGGCCAAAGGACCUUUCAAUAUAGAGCAACCUCUCUCUGGAAUGAGUUGCAGCCUGCGCUCAACCUUAGCCCAUCCGUGACGGAAUUCAAGUGUUUACUCAGGCAAAAGCUUCUUAAUGACUGCUUUAUUUAAUUAAUUUAAUUAAUUUUAUUGACCUUUGUCUUCUUUUAUCAUUGUUAUAUUCUUAUUGUCAUGUACUUGGUUUAUAAUUUUGUAAUGUAAAUUGACUCUGAAAAGCCCCGUGGGGACGAGCCAAUAAAGUAUGUAUGUAUGUAUGUAGAAGAAAAUUGAGAAUCCACUAAAACGCUACCAAGAGAGAAUGAGGUGACGCUACAAAAGUUCGUUCCAGGCCCCACUGUUUUUCGAAAAAAUCAUUGGACAAGAUUAAGACGUCGAGGAUUUUUUUAAAACGUUUCUACGUGAUUAUGUAUAGGUAAUGAAACCCAAUAAAACCAAUAAAAAAGUGUACAGCUCUUUAAAAUGAUUCACAAGGGCAAGGGCUAACGUACCUGGGCCGUGGCCACGAAACGUGAACUCUUGCCCUCAUUACUUACCACAUAAUUAUGCAUCCGAAGAGCUCAUUUAGUUUUUGUAGCUUUUCCAUCGGGUAGCGGUAAGCAUUAAGAUUAAGAACCUGGGUCUUAAGGUUCCUUGUUAGUGCAUAUUUUUUUUGCCUACAAAAGAACAAGCAAGUCACUGGAAGGAUUUUUGUUGUUUCGAUCUGACCAUGGAGCGCAUGAUCUAAAUCGUUGAUACCCAGCGUUUGGCCCUAUUACUUCAGCAAUGCAUAUUUCUUUUUCCAUGUCUGUUCCCUCAUUCAUUCUUAUCCAUCUCGUUGCUGUUCUAAUUUAAGUAAUGACGACCUACUUUCUUAGAGGCCAGGUCUGAAAACAGGUAUGGAUUUAAGAGGCCAGGUCUGAAAAACGAUGUCAACCUGAAAUGACCUUUUUUGGUCUGAAAAAGGGUCCGGGCGGCACACCCCCAACAAGAAUUCCAGGAGUACCCCCCGGGAUAACAUGUACUUCCGCGCUAAUGUGGAUCACCACUAAAAAGGUUUUACUUCAUUCUAUACGUAUUUACGACAGACAUGCCAGUGACUGCAGACUGUGGCUCAAUCCAGGUGCGAUGGGUAUACCACGGGUAGUUUCUGAGCAGUGAUGUGCAUAAGGCUUCAAAAUUAUUUGUAAUACCAAUUACCGAUUGAAUAGAAAUUUUUGUAAUGCUACAAUACAUUGUCUCUUCAUCUGUUCUUCUGUACAUUUGCUCCCAGAGUAAUUUCCUCUGGCCAAUUGCAAUGCUUAUUUUCCCCAAAUUUUUGUUUUUGCUUCUUGACCGAAGUACUGCAAAUAGCUGUAUCACGACAAUGACGAGCUUGACUUUCGACUCAUAUCGACUCAUAGCAGAGAAGUACUUUUUCGGACCAACACAAUCGCGACUUUCACUGAUUAUGACUGGUUGACUGACAAAUGGCAAAAUAAACUCAAAACAGUCUUAUUCCCUAGUAGGAUUCGAGGUCUCGAAAAAUACUUUUAGAAUAAAAAUUGAUUUUAUCAAGUAAAAUUGUCAAAUUUCCGCGUUGUUACCUGAGUCUCGUUCAUCUUCUCUACUAAAAGCGAAAUGUCUAUUAAUAUUAAAUUGACUUUCAAGAAUACUAGAAAUCUGGAUGCAGAAAAAAUAAAUAAUUUGUAAAAACCUUCCGUGCACAUUUUACAUAAAGCAAAAAUCCAGAACUACUUUACAAAAUAAACUAGCCUGCGUAGAAUGGCGGUCUUGUCGCGCGAAGCUCGCACGAACGAGCAUUGCUCCCGCCCCAAUCUCCUCGUGGUUUCAUAGCCCAUAAGCUUGUACUGCGCGCAAGACCAAAACUACGCAGGCUAAUAAUAUAACCGGAAAAUCAAACACGUAAUGGAACAAUUCCUUUUAAAGGUUUAAGGAAAAAGUUCAAGAGUUAUUCUUUCGACCUUCUCUUUAUGUAAAAUUGGAUGUACAGUCUCUUAGACAACUCAGUCGGCACAGGUUAUCGCCUCCUGAUCAGCAUUAAGAAUACUAUGACAUUUACUAUGACUUGAAGAGUAGUUUUGUUUUCAACUGAAAGGUAAAAAGCUAAGUCCUUUCCUCGAAAGAGACAUGACUAUCUUCGAACCAAACCUGAGCCCUAUACCCACCCUUCUAAACCCCCAUUAAUGCUCCUUGUUAUGGGUAUUUACAGCUACUUAAAGCUGCACGAAAAGGAGAGAAGUCGAAAAAAGGGAUUGGAGGUCACAUUUGGGGAUCGGCCUUUAGACUUCUCCUAUAGAAGGCCACGCAAUAACCAACUGUACCAAUCCUUUCUCCUCAAAAGCAAGUGAAAACGCAAAGUAGCGCAGUAGAAAGCCUACCGGACCGAGUGGGACUUGUGUUUCCAAAAAUUGAGUGAUGUUACAUGAUCAUUUUUUAGCUUUUUGUUGCUCGUAAAAAAAAAAGAUGUUGACACGUCUUUAAAGGGCGACAGUUUCGAGCCAGUUGCAGCCCAAAUAAUGAUCAAUUAUGUCUCACACGUACAAACAGACCCGCCCUGACGAAUAUGAGUUCGUAUUUUAAGUGGUUCGUUAUAUCUUUUCUUUCUUUCUGCAACGUACAUACUGAAUAUGUCUAACGUCGAAAAUCUAUACGAGUAGAUUUUCCCAAGGCCACAGCAGACAGUCGGUCUGUACACUCCUUCGCUAUGGUAAAAAGAACAACAGCAACAACAGCUCGUUAUUAAGGACAGUUUGCUUUGUCCCUUGGGAAAGAAAAUCCUUACAUUUUCUCUAAAUUCACCCCGAGAUGGUCCUAAGAUCUUUAUUUUGCGUUAAAGAUACAAAAGUAGAGGUUUAUUAAUAUUUAACUCUUUGAAACAAAAGGAAUUAAUUUUUAACAUUUUUGUUAACUGUAACUAAAAAAAAUUAACCGAAAGCCGUAAAAGAGCCAAAAUUUUAGCCGAAAGCCGUAAAAGCCACCUCCCCAUUGAGACCCUCUUGUCUGCUUCGUGUCCAGUACACGAGGACUGGGCUUGAAAUACAAAGUCGCGCAUACAACUACGCAUACGUAUUUCAAAUAGAUAACUGGGCUAAAUUGCUUUCUUAGCGUCUUAUCGCGUCACAUUUGCAAAGAAAUUAGUUUUAUUUGCCCAAGAAAUUUUACUGCCAUAUCUUGAGGAGUCGAUCCUAAAGAAAAAUUAUUUUUAGCAAAGACCUCGAGGUCAGGUGUCACAAACCAGUCACGCUCGCACAUACGACCAUUUUACAAAACGGUUUACAAACCAGAUAACAUUGCAACAAAACAAGUAUAACCACGGAAUCAACGGCCAAUAUAGUUUCAGACGAUUAAGAAAUAACCUUAAAAUGAAAAAGAACUAAGGUAAAAUCCAUCAAGCCAUCAAGUGAAGUUGACUUUCACGAGCAAAGCACAAGGCAAGUGUUCGUUAAUUAUAAGGUCUUCAAAAUUUCUGGAAAUUCAAACGGCGGACAUAUUCGAAAACGUAAAAAAAAAAAAAACUUUUAUUCCUUUUUACGUUUUACUAUCAUUUCUAGUUUGUAUUAAUACAGAUAGCAACGUUCAGACGGGUGCCACACUUUUUUAAACUCCCCUCAAAGUUGAGCUAUUUUCGUGUUUUGAUGGAAGGCUGAUGACACGUGCCAGGAAAAAGAUUCUUGCCGUUAAAAUGAAUAAAUAAUUCGGAACUGUGAUAUGGCUAGGACAUCUAGAGUGGUGUAUCCGCAUACAUGUUUUAAAAAGAAAAUCGGGCUUCUUGAACGAGUUGUUUGUUUUCUGUAGCGCCGGCAAUGUAGGCGAUUUUUGUAGUUUCAAAGGCUAUAUUGCGUCGGUGCUAGCCGGCCGAAAAUUCAAAAAUUCGUAAAAAAUUAUAUUUCGCAUUUUCGGUCAAAAAAAAUGCAUUUUUGUACCUAAUUAUGUAAAGACUUUAAUAUUCCAAAAUAUAAAGGAAAUUAAUUUUUUGAUCCGAAAUCACUGGUCGGUUCUUACGGAGACGCGCUCUUCAGAGGCACACCCCUACAAAAUGAGACCCAAUCACAAGGAAAAGAACACAAACUAAGAAUUUAAAGGCAACACAUACCCUGCUUGAUCAGAAGGCCUUUUCGUACAUUAAUUGUCAGUCACACGCGAAGAAAACAGCGUGAGUAAAGAAACGCCGAAAAAGUCUUCAUUAAGUCGCUUUCAUGAUACUCUAGGGUAAAGUUCAGCUAACAGAACAUUUUUUUUUUCUCGACGCGUGUUGUUUUUUAAUACAAAAUGCGGCUGCUUUUUAAAAAUAUUUCUCUAACUAAAAAAGUAGAAUUUACACUUAGUAGUAAAAUAAUUCAAGCUGCUUGUUUGUUUUUGUUUUCUGGCUCUGUUAGCAAAUUAUGCUUUGAUCGUAUAAUAAUCAAUUUUGCUUCAAAACUCAUCGACGUGCAAUCAAUUUUUUCGUUUUCAUUUUAUAAGUCAUAUCACAAGUAAAUUCUUUUUUUGAAUGCGAAUCUGCCCUCCUGAAAAAAAAAAUUCGUUCCAACUAAACGCUCCGUUAAGAAGGGGAGAAAAAACCCACUUGGAAAUUUUUUAACAUCAGUGAAAUUCUUGAAUCGAUGAAAUUAUAUCAACAUGUAAUUGACUAGAGGUGAGCACUUAUUUUAAAUACGCUAACCUGUUUAAGAUUCCAUUUUCCUGUUUGUCGGGGCUUUCCCUGCUGUCUCUAACCGUAUUCUGAGUCAUGUUAUUUCUUAUUAGGGGAUAAAAAGGUCGUCAGACCGUGUUUCUAGACUUCGUAAACCUUAAAACUGACAUAAUUGUCGUGCGCACUUCUCUUUCGCUGUGGAGCUCGAUAGGCUGGACACGAUUUUCCGAGUGACUCAAUAUAUUUUGGCACAACUUGGGCACAGAUUAGGCACAGUUUGGGCACAACUUAGGCACGGCUUAGGCACGUUUUUCAAAACUGAAAUGCACACUUUAUGCACAUCUUAGGCACAUUUUAGGCACAAAAUCUUUGUGCCAAAGCACACUCUAGAAUCCGAUUUUCGGUUCAACGCUCGGUUUACGAAUUUUCACGCUAAAUAAGCUUUCUAACCUUAGAUAUUUGAUCUUAGCGUAAAAAAUGGGUUUCCCGAAGUCUUAACAGUUAGUCUAUAAGGAAGGUUUAACUUAUGAGCAUUCCAAAAAUUAUUAUUUCUUCUCUUAACAACAAAAGAAACUCAAUCAAAAGCAAGCUUUUAAAUUGACGUUCGCGCUGCACAGAGAUCGGAUGUAGACAGAACAUCUUUCUGAAAACGCCCUAAACUUUUUUGUUUUGCCAUUAUGUUCAGGAAUUUUUAAUACAGUUAGUACUCAUAAGUCACUGACCUCUGUGGAGAAAUUUUUCCCAAGUACCAUUACAGAAACAGAGAAAUCCCACAAUAUGCGUGGUUAGACUGUAAAUGUUACGCGAGCUGUUAAGAAAUGGUCCUAUUUUGAGCCAUAUUUUUCAUAUUUUAAAUUUAUUUUGGUCUUACAGCUAGAAAAAAAAUAUUCAAUGAAAAGCUUUUUAUAAACUUUAACUUCUUGCCAAAUAUCGAUGCGAUCUGUGUUUUAAUAAGUUCAUAAGAGCCAAACGAUGUGAGAUUCUUAACCGUGUACACCAGUAGCGUGCGCCAGGCCUUAAAGGCAACACAUACCCUGCGUGAUCAGAAGGCCUUUUCGUACAUUAAUUGUCAGUCACACGCGAAGAAGAGAGAGUGAGUAAAGAAACGCCGAGAAAGUCUUCAUUAAGUAGCUUUCAUGAUACUCUAAGGUAAAGUUCAGCUAACAGACCAUUUUUUUUCUCGUGUGCCUGGGCAUUUAUACCUGUAGACUCUUGAAUGUUAACCAAUUGAUAACGGCGGGAACACAACACUAACAAGGGAAAAAUUGAUUCAGUAUGGAAGAAUAAGACCCUCAAAUACCAUACUUUUUCGGGCGUCACAUACCUAUCUGGCCAAAAUAUGGGAGUACCCCACUCCUCCCCCCUCCCAACCCUCCAAGGAGUCAAGUUGAAGUUUAGUAAAUUGAAUCUAGUUUAACACCUACUACAGCUAUAAUCAUUUCUGCACAAAAAAGGUAUCAAACUUGUUGUGAUCCCGGAAUCGGUUCAAUGAGGCGCUGUUGGGAAGGGGGAGGGUAGGGGGAGGGGGUUCUUAUCCCUUAUCCUUGUAAAUCUAAGAGGAGAUAUCCCUUAUCCCUAAACGUUGUAAGAACGUUACUACUAAAAGUCAGGGAACACGCAGGGGGAGGUGUUGGGGGAAAAACUUGCCCCUUUCCCCGCACUUUUUGUGGGAAAGAAAAUAAAAAACUUUUGUAGUUACAUUCAUGUUAAAAUUAAAGAAGGUAUAACUGUAGCUGAAAAGAUGCAAUAGUCAUUGUGAUUGUUAUGGCAUUGCAAAGGCUCGAUUAAUCCGUUUCCAGAGGCGACUUUUUACGCGUGUAAUAUAAACCAGCGGCGAUUUCACAAAGACUCUUCUCGAGUGCUAACAAAAACACAAUAACCAUGCAGCCGUUGUCUCGUGGGUUUUGCGAAUAUAGUAAAAUGGGUUUUCUUGGCGGCAAAGAUAUUCCCACCUUAUUAUCCAGCUUGCGAUCCUAUAACCAAUAAAAGUAAAGGGGAGAAAAAUAAGUGUAGAUCAUAGUUAAUGUAAAACCAUGAUGAACUUUCAUUACUCCCUAAAACAAUUCAAUUAUCUCCAAAAUUAUUUUCUCAAUUAUCCCUUACUGGUUCCCUUAUCCCUAAGGAAAAGGUCUGAAAGGUUAGUUACAUCACAUGUCAAUGCAAAUAAGAAAUGCAUUAUCAUUGGCGUAUAUCAUAUAUCAUCUCUGUAUAUCUGUCUUUAAACACUAUGUCCAUCUUCAUAACUAACUGUAAGGAAUAGCAAUACAAUAAACAAAGGGAGGAAAAUAAGGAAAAAAAGGAAAGUUGAAAAAAAUGUGUGAUUCCAUUUCACUCAUGGUUCUUAUUAAAUUUGUUUUGUUUUAGUUUAUGAUAAUUCUUUUAAAGUCGAGAAUAAAAAUACAUAAAUAAAUAAAAUUCAAACUAAGGAAAAUGCACUAGAAAAUAACUACACCACAGUGUUUACUCAAAAGUUAAUACUUACGUUUUGUUGGUUUGUUAGAGUCCAGUGGUGGCUUUGGCUACACUCGCAAGGCUUUUAUUUUUUCAAUUAGCAAUAAAGAAGAACUGGAUCCCUUUGUGAGUGAGGUGAGGGAGCCAGACUGGGCAAUUGUCAGGUGGUCAAGGUAUGGUCCAGGGUUUGGUUAUGACAUCUACAUAAAUAAUGAUGCCAACAAUAACAACAACUCACACGUAAGCCUUGGCAGGCACUACCCUGCUCCUGCUGCAGUGCAGGACCCAAACACAAUCCUGGCCGGGACUUUCCGCUUCUCACCUGAUGAGGUGGAGGUAUUUUAUCUUGACCCUACUCAAUAAAUAUAAAAAGAACCAUUUCAUUAUUUACGGCCAAAAAACAUGCAGCUAUAUUAACAUACUUACUACCUUCAAAAAAAUGUACAUCCCAAUGUAUAUUUCUCGACAACGUAGAAAAUCUUUCUUUCUUUGUUUUCUUGAUCUUUGUUAAACACGAGACAGGAAUAUAGUCCUUGCUUAUUUAAGUUUUUUUUUACGUUAUCUUAUUUUUAGCCAAGGAAAUUAAGUAAAAUUGAUAAUGAAUUUUUUGAUUCCCGCAAAUUACUAUUUUACUGGAGUAAUUAAGCUUUAAUUUCAUUAUAACUUUAAUAGUUUUUCCAUUUUUUGAUUUUAAAAAAGGCACUUUUUUCCCCAGCCCGAGCCACCUGUCUAGAAACAGCGAAUUUCGACUGAAAUUAGCACACAAAAAACCCAAUGAAAACGUGAACCUGCGCUGUUAUAAGAUUAUAACAAAAGAACUCACGUCAGCCUACGUCAAUUUAAUAAAACUUUUACAACUGCUGUGAAGUAUUUUAAUAGUUAUUUUUAAGAUUUGAAUUUCUUCUAUGUUUCGUUUUUCUGUUAUUAGGUGAGUCAAGGUUAGUUUGGAUUUGGUGCGCAUAUAGGCAUUUUCCUUUUUUUAUUUUGUGAUUUUCAGACUUCAACUUGAAUGUUUGCUUAGCUCGCGGAUUUACUUAAUGCCAUUUUUAAUUAGGAAUAUUGUUCUCUUGCCAUUGUGGGAUGUUAGUUUUUCAUAGGUGGUCCUGUUUUUCAUGUCAGAGCUGACCUUGGUUCAUUCAUAGUCUCGUUGAAGUUCCUGUUUGGGUUUGUUAACCAGCGUUUUAGUUAUAUAUUGGCUUGUAGCUUCUUGUAAAUCGCAGCCAUGUAGGUUCAGUAAUACCAAAACAUUGCCCACACGGCCGCGAGUUUAUCUUGUUUUUAUUCCUACGGUCAGUUACCCAAACAUGUCCAGCUUUGACUAUAAUAACCGCUACUACACUUGAACUACUCAUUCACCGCCGAGUAGGAAUUGAGUAGAGAAGAGGAGUUAGAAGAUUAAGAUUAAGAUUGUUAGAAAAAGUCAAAAAACAGUAAACACGAUGGUCGGUUGCUAGGGCUUUUCCUCCCGCAACUUCGUAAAUUCAAUUUUUGGCUCACAGAGCAGUAUUUUAUAUUCCAGAUGAAGCAAGACAUUAAAACAUCUUAAUUAGAGAAAAAUUUUCUCCAAAAUUUUACCAUUGUAAAGGUAUUUUUGACGUUUCUUGAAAGUAUGACGUCAUAAGUGACGCCUAUUUUUAGUAACAACAUUAAAAACUUGCAAAGCAGUGUUCAAAACAUUACAAAAAUUUUUGCUACACAAAAAGAAUAUUUAUAGUGAAAACCCCAUCCCAAUCGGAUAAAAUGGCGUCAAGUUACAGCUAAUAAAAGAAAUCAAAUUUUCCCCCACAUGACCAUAUAUGGUCAAAAUUAGGGGGAUUUUAAACGCGAAAGCAAUGAAUGUAUUGUCACAGGAGCAAGGAAAAAGUUGCAUAAAAUCAAAAUUGUAGUUUUUUCUACUUACUUUUUUUUACUUAUGUGCUGCUAUGACGCGUUUUCGUCACGAAAUACGUCAUUGUGACGUCAAAAUGACGUAUUUCGUGACGAAAAACGUGUCAUAGCAUCACAUACCCUAAGUAGAAAAAACUACAAUUUUGAUUUUAUGUAACUUUGUCCUUGCUCCUGUUCCAAUACAUUCAAUGUUCUCGCGUUUAAAAUACCCCUAAUUUUGACCAUAUAUGGUCAUUUAGGAGAAAUUUGAAUUUCUUUAAUUAGCUGUAACUUUGCUCCUUUUUAUCCGAUUGAGAUGGGGUUUUCACUAGAAAUCACAGAAUUCUAUACAGAAAACCAACGUAAAAUUUUUACCAUUUCUUUCCUGAAUUUUUGUUCGGAUCCCAAAUUUGGACAUCAUUUAUGACGUCACAACAGAAGUCACAUGGGAUGAAAGAAAAACCAAUAAACAGAUAUUUUAUCAAACUACUUCCCUGCCAAGUUUCGUCACAUUCAAUGCAUUCUACUUCUGUCUAUGGCCUAAAACUCUCAGUUUUGAGAGGCAUUUGGGAGGAAAAGCCCUAGCAACCGACCACCGUGUAAACAGGAGCACCCAACGACAAUUUUCGGAAAAUAUCUGUUCGGAAGAAGAUUUGAGAUCUAGAAUUUUCGGAACAUUUGUUGUAAAAUUUGUUGCUUGCCUGCCUCUCCUCGGAUUUUCGAACAUCUAAAAAAUGGUAUAUUUGCCCAUUUUAAAAGGAUUUUUACCUUUAAAAGGUCAACUAGAAUUUUCGGGAGCCUUUUUUCUGGCUGAAAUUUUCGAAAAGGUAAGUUUUGAUCCCUAUAAUUUUCGGAUCACUAGACUUUCGGCUAGGAAAUCCGAACAGAUGAAAAAUAUUUAGGGGAUCAAAAUAUGCCUAUAUCUACCGUUUAAAUACUAAAAUACGUUUAACAAUGGUAUGUUUAAGUGGUUUUAAACUAUAUUCUCGUUGGGUGCCCCUGAGUAAAGAACAAUAUAAAUCAGACUCCUGGUACCUCAUGGCUAUAAAGCGAACGAGUUGCUCGAACACACCCCCGACUCGAAAAUCCCCAUGAAAAUCUUUUUGCAUUACAACUUAAAAACGCUCCCGUCAAAUGCAAAAUCUUCUUUUAUUCUUUUCACUUUAGCAUUCAUAGAAGAUUGUAGUGAAAGUCAGUCCCGGUGCAUGUCUGCCGUGUUUAAGACACUGAUAUAUACAUUGACAUUCUUUAUUUAGACAUGCAGUUAAAAAUUUAACGCCAGUUUUAAAAAAAGAUUUUUAGUUUUAAUUAAAUAAUCAGUCAACGGAUGACAAGCAACGGAUGACAAGGAUGGACAUGGACUGGCCAUGGACGCUAAAUAGAUUUCUAUCUUUAUACUAUUUGCUCUUUUAAAAGUUUUUGAUGGCGUGGACCACAAUAUUCUCCUGCCCAAGAUCUCAUACCUGGGUGCUGGUUCGCAAGUUACAUGUACCAGGAGCCCAUCAUGUACCUAUCUAACUGAUCACAAUAUCCAUGUAUUGAUCACGCAUUUUUACAAUGUGGUGAUGAUAUAUUAGAGUACAGACACAUGAUGAAUGAAGUGGAGACUUGCUUUUCUAUUUUUUGUUCAACAUGGACGCGAUUUUGAAAUUGUUUGCAGUUCGUUUGAAGCAAGUGAAAGCCUUCUAAAAAUGGCUUACUAGGAGCUGUUUAUAGAUAAGGAAAAAACCUGUUUAAGAUUCCAUUUUCCUGUUUGUCGGGGCUUUCCCUGCUGUCUCUAACCGUAUUCUGAGUCAUGUUAUUUCUUAUUAGGGGAUAAAAAGGUCGUCAGACCGUGUUUCUAGACUUCGUAAACCUUAAAACUGACAUAAUUGUCGUGCGCACUUCUCUUUCGCUGUGGAGCUCGAUAGGCUGGACACGAUUUUCCGAGUGACUCAAUAUAUUUUGGCACAACUUGGGCACAGAUUAGGCACAGUUUGGGCACAACUUAGGCACGGCUUAGGCACGUUUUUCAAAACUGAAAUGCACACUUUAUGCACAUCUUAGGCACAUUUUAGGCACAAAAUCUUUGUGCCAAAGCACACUCUAGAAUCCGAUUUUCGGUUCAACGCUCGGUUUACGAAUUUUCACGCUAAAUAAGCUUUCUAACCUUAGAUAUUUGAUCUUAGCGUAAAAAAUGGGUUUCCCGAAGUCUUAACAGUUAGUCUAUAAGGAAGGUUUAACUUAUGAGCAUUCCAAAAAUUAUUAUUUCUUCUCUUAACAACAAAAGAAACUCAAUCAAAAGCAAGCUUUUAAAUUGACGUUCGCGCUGCACAGAGAUCGGAUGUAGACAGAACAUCUUUCUGAAAACGCCCUAAACUUUUUUGUUUUGCCAUUAUGUUCAGGAAUUUUUAAUACAGUUAGUACUCAUAAGUCACUGACCUCUGUGGAGAAAUUUUUCCAAAGUACCAUUAACAGAAACAGAGAAAUCCCACAAUAUGCGUGGUUAGACUGUAAAUGUUACGCGAGCUGUUAAGAAAUGGUCCUAUUUUGAGCCAUAUUUUUCAUAUUUUAAUUUUAUUUUGGUCUUACAGCCAGAAAAAAAAUAUUCAAUGAAAAGCUUUUUGUAAACUUUAACUUCUUGCCAAAUAUCGAUGCGAUCUGAGUUUUAAUAAGUUCAUAAGAGCCAAACGAUGUGAGAUUCUUAGCCGUGUACACAAGUAGCGUGCGCCAGGCCUUAAAGGCAACACAUACCCUGCGUGAUCAGAAGGCCUUUUCGUACAUUAAUUGUCAGUCACACGCGAAGAAAAGAGCGUGAGUAAAGAAACGCCGAAAAAGUCUUCAUUAAGUCGCUUUCAUGAUACUCUAAGGUAAAGUUCAGCUAACAGACCAUUUUUUUUCUCGUGUACCUGGGCAUUUAUACCUGUAGACUCUUGAAUGUUAACCAAUUGAUAACGGCGGGAACACAACACUAACAAGGGAAAAAUGAUUCAGUAUGGAAGAAUAAGACCCUCAAAUACCAUACUUUUUCGGGCGUCACAUACCUAUCUGGCCAAAAUAUGGGAGUACCCCACUCCUCCCCCCUCCCAACCCUCCAAGGAGUCAAGUUGAAGUUUAGUAAAUUGAAUCAAGUUUAAUACCUACUACAGCUAUAAUCAUUUCUGCGCAAAAAAGGUAUCAAACUUGUUGUGAUCCCGGAAUCGGUUCAAUGAGGCCCUGUUGGGAAGGGGGAGGGUAGGGGGAGGGGGUUCUUAUCCCUUAUCCUUGUAAAUCUAAGAGGGGAUAUCCCUUAUCCCUAAACGUUGUAAAAACUUUACUACUAAAAGUCAGGGAACACGCAGGGGGAGGUGUUGGGGAAAAAACUUGCCCCUUUCCCCGCACUUUUUGUGGGAAAGAAAAUAAAAUGUUUGCCACAAAUUUUUGUAGUUACAUUCAUGUUAAAAUUAAAGAAGGUAUAACUGUAGCUGAAAAGAUGCAAUAGUCAUUGUGAUUGUUAUGGCAUUGCAAAGGCUCGAUUAAUCCGUUUCCAGAGGCGACUUUUUACGCGUGUAAACAAGCGGCGAUUUCACAAAGACUCUUCUCGAGUGCUAACAAAAACACAAUAACCAUGCAGCCGUUGUCUCGUGGGUUUUGUGAAUAUAGUAAAAUGGGUUUUCUUGGCGGCAAAGAUAUUCCCACCUUAUUAUCCAGCUUGCGAUCCUAUAACCAAUAAAAGUAAAGGGGAGAAAAAUAAGUGUAGAUCAUAAUUAAUGUCGAACCAUGAUGAACUUUCAUUACUCCCUAAAACAAUUCAAUUAUCUCCAAAAUUAUUUUCUCAAUUAUCCCUUACUGGUUCCCUUAUCCCUAAGGAAAAGGUCUGAAAGGUUAGUUACAUCACAUGUCAAUGCAAAUAAGAAAUGCAUUAUCAUUGGCGUAUAUCAUAUAUCAUCUCUGUAUAUCUGUCUUUAAAGACUAUGUCCAUUUUCAUAACUAACUGUAAGGAAUAGCAAUACAAUAAACAAAGGGAGGAAAAUAAGAAAAAAAAGGAAAGUUGAAAAAAAUGUGUGAUUCCAUUUCACUCAUGGUUCUUAUUAAAUUUGUUUUGUUUUAGUUUAUGAUAAUUCAUUUAAAGUCAAGAAUAAAAAUAAAAAUAAAUAAAUAAAUUCAAACUAAGGAAAAUACACUACAGAGUAACUACACCACAGUGUUUACUCAAAAGUUAAUACUUACGUUUUGUUGGUUUGUUAGAGUCCAGUGGUUUGUAUGGCUUCACUCGCAAGGCGUUUAUAUUUUCAAUUAGCAAUAAGGAAGAACUGGAUCCCUUUGUGAGUGAGGUGAGGAGGCCAGACAGGGCAAUUGGCAGGUGGUCACGGUAUGGUCCAAGGUUUGGUUAUGACAUCUACAUUGCUAAUAAUGCCAACAGUAACAACAACUCAUACGCAAGCCUUGGCUGGGUCUACCCUGCUCCUGCUGCAGUGCAGAACCCAAACACAAUCCUGGCCGGGACUGCGCGCUUCUCACCUGAUGAGGUGGAGGUAUUUUAUCUUGACCCUACUCAAUAA